AUGAAUGCCUGCAACGUUGGCAAGCCGCUGGUGGCUGCUAGAGCUGCAGAAUCAAACACUUCCCGAGUCGGCCAGUGGGAGCCUAAGGCGAGCAUGCUCGAACGCCGCUGCUACGUCUCCAGCACCGUCCUCGAUGGACGCAUCUACGUCAUUGGCGGCUUCAACCAACAGGAACGAGUGAAGAAGUGUGAACGCUACGACCCAAGCACCGACCAGUGGACCGCCAUUGCCGACCUGAACUACUCGCGCUCUGACGCCACAGCCGUCUCUCACGGCGGCCGCAUCUACGUCGCCGGCGGCGUCAACGACAACACCAUCGAGUCCUCGGUGGAGGUGUACUGCCCAGUGGGCGACCGCUGGCAGCUGGUGAAGGCGAUGGCCUCGCCGCGCGCCAGCUUCUGCCUCGCCUCCUUUGACGGUCGCAUCUGGGCGAUGGGCGGCAAUGAUGGGGAGCAGCGACUGAGCAGCUGCGAAUCGCUCGACCCGCUGACGGGCGUCUGGCGGUCGGAGGCGCCCAUGAUGAACGGGCGGAGCACCUUCAAGGCGAUCACCUUCAUGGGCGAGCUGUACGCCAUCGGCGGCUACAAUGGCCAGUCGCCCAUCAGCAGUGUGGAGAAGUACUCGCCCGGGGCGGGUCGCUGGAGCACGGCACGCCACCUGCGUCACGACCGCAGCGGAAUGGCGCUGCUUGUUCUGCCCAAUGACUUUCUGCCCCUCAAGAUCUGA